AUGACAAGUGCGGUACGCAAGAAACUUGUCAUUGUUGGAGAUGGAGCAUGUGGAAAGACUUGUCUACUCAUUGUGUUUAGUAAAGACCAGUUUCCUGAAGUUUAUGUUCCUACCGUAUUCGAAAACUAUGUUGCAGAUAUCGAGGUCGAAAGUAAACAUGUCGAAUUAGCUCUCUGGGACACAGCUGGUCAAGAAGAUUAUGAUAGAUUACGACCGCUUUCUUAUCCUGAAACGGACGUUGUUCUUUUGUGUUACAGUAUUGAUAGCCCUGAUAGCCUGGAAAACAUUUCUGAGAAAUGGGCGCCAGAAAUCAAACAUUUUUGUCCCAAUGUCCCUAUUAUCUUAGUUGGAAACAAAAAGGAUUUGCGAGAUGACGAGGCUACAAAGAAUGAGCUACGCAGAAUGAAGCAAGAACCUGUCAAACAUGAUGAAGGUUCUGCAAUGGCUACGCGGAUCGAUGCGGAUGGAUUUUAUGAAUGUUCAGGUACUUUUGUUAUUGCUAGCUAG